AUGGAUUUGUCCAACUGGGUCUUGGUGUUAAUGGAGUUGGCUGAGACAUGUGGAGUCAGCACCCUCCUCCAGGGCUUUGAGCAAGUCUGGAGGCUUCUUCUCAUUUGUCUUCUUAGCAGGCUGCUGUUCAAGUUGGGGGGUGUGUCAUCUAUGAAUCAUGUUGUGUCAAUGUUGGCGGGGAUGUACAGCCUUUUCCUCUUCUUUGACCUGCACAUGCUGUGGGUGAUCCUGCUCAGUCUGCUUUGCUACCUUGUUCUUCUUCUUGGCCGAAAAUCCAUCAGAAAAGGCCUCUUCCUCUCCUCUGCAAUUCUCGUUUAUCUUCUUAUUGGAGAGUUGCACCUAAUUGACACAGUGACGUGGCAUAAGAUUAGAGGCAGUCAGAUGGUGGUGGCCAUGAAAGCCAUUUCUCUGGCAUUUGACCUGGACAGAGGAGUAGUCAGCACUUUGCCCACUCCAAUCGAGUUCCUGGGCUAUGUUCUCUUUGUUGGCAAUGUAGUCUUUGGACCUUGGAUAAGCUAUGCAACAUAUAAGACUGCAAUUGUUGGCAGACAGCUGAGCUGGUUAUGGCUGCGCCAUUCCUCCCUCAGCCUCAUAAAGAGUCAGAUUUGUCUGCUGGUGUCGUCUUGCAUUGCACCAUACCUCUUCCUUUUUUUCAUUCCAAUCCAUGGAAAUACCUUUACACACAAAUGGCUUCGUGCCUAUGAGAACGCACUGUCAUUCCACUUCAGUAACUACUUUGUUGGCCACCUAAGUGAAAGCACCAGCAUGCUGGCUGGAGCUGGCCACACUGAGGAAAAAGACAACAUUAGGUGGGAAAUGAAAGUGGUCAAACCUCUGAAUGUGGAAAUCCCUCGCUCCAUGGUUAUGGUAGUGACAUCCUGGAAUAUUCCCAUGUCGCAGUGGCUCAAAACUUAUGUCUUCAAAAAUGCCAUGAAGCUUGGGACUUUUCCAGCCAUCUUGGUCACAUACACAGCGAGUGCUUUACUACAUGGUUUGAGUUUCCACCUAGGAGCUGUCUUGCUCUCUUUAGGCUUCAUCACAUAUGUGGAACAUGUCCUGAGAAAGAGGCUCGCUGCUAUCUUCAGUGCUUGUGUCCUGUCCAGACCUUGCCCCUCUUACUGUGGCCAUCAGCACAAGAAGGAGUACUGGGUGAAACUACUGAACAUUGUUUUUAGUUUCUUGGCCGUCUUUCACCUCACCUAUUUGGGCUCCAUGUUUGAUCCAGGUCUGGAAGAGGAAGUUGAGGAGGGUUAUGCUGCCAUCCACACAAUUCAGCGUUGGUCAGAUCUUAACUGGGCAAGCCACUGGGUGGUGUUUGUUUCCUGGAUCUUCUACCGUUUAAUCCUGUGA